AUGGCACCCUCACAAGUGGAUUAUUUAAAUGAGACGUCGGUCGGCUAUACGCACAAAAAAUUUAAAACAGUAUACACGCACAAGAAAUUCGGAAAGUGUGGCAAACAAACUGCCAGCUUGGAAGCAGCUGUUGUGAGCACCACAACGCCGCUAUUUCGUCCCUAUGCUUUGGAUGAUAACAGAUCAAGGAAGCGUCGCCCAGCUCCAGCAACAGAGGAGAUGGAGCAACAACGCCAACAGUUGCCACCCACGCCGCCACUAACACCUCCGCAGUACAAGUCACAGCCACAGCAACAACAAAUUCCUGCAGCCACACCCACUUACAACCAUAUACCACUAACAACUCAACACAACAUCGCAUCUGCACCCACAGUCAAUCACCAGGCUUUUGCUUUAAUGCUGCAAAAGCAGCGCGCCGUUCUGCACAUGCGUCAGCUCCUAAAUAUCAAUCCCGAUGCCAAUACCUGGCCUCUGGAAUGGCGCAAUGCUCUUUACGCUCUGCUGCAACAAUAA